GGUGUUGAUCCUGAAUACGUCCACUACUAUGAUAUGGCUACGGGUAGCCUUGACAUUCGUCCUAUUGGAAAAGUGUACGGCGUACCGAAUGUCUACCAGGAUGAGAAAUUAGCGGACCUCGAGCGUCAUGCGGCCUCCAUUAUCAUGGACUUGCAUGACGCGCUUCCUAAGGGUACUUUCACUCUGAAGCGGAGGUCGCUAGAGCUCCUGAGGAAGUUCCUGUUUAUCAUGCAUUAUCGCAAUGUAUCAUAUUCUGGCACUUACUUUCAAGCGGAUCACCCAGAGAACGCAGGAGGCCGUCAGUGGAUCGAAUCCUUCAUGAAGGCGAAGGGUAUUCAUUCUUCUGUCGGGAUUUGGCUACACUUCCUCAAAUACUACCUGGAUUCAUCUCAUUCAGACAUCAUGCGAGAUGCUGCAAAACUGGUAGAGAGGUACGGUGAAGAAGGUCUUCAAUACAUGAUAACUGAAUCGCAUAUCCCACCUGAUCUCGAACACUUUCCGGCUUACACUUACCACACUCACGCGAACAACUACUUCUUCAGUAUCUGGGAAGCCGCAGAAGGAGAAGAAUUCAUCCUAACACAAAACGGAUUUGGCUUGUGGGAAGGCUUGGCAGAUGGCCAACCCGACUUGCACCGCAUAUUCAUAGUUAGCCCUCGCAUUGCCUCUCAGAUGAAAGCAUACAUAAAGCAUGUUUCGCUUGCGAGCUCCUUGCUCAACGUGAAUCCAGCACCACCAACUCCAAUUUACGCCAGUGGAAGACAUGGUCCACACAUCGAGCACGUAAAUUUCCAAUCCGCGACGUCACUUGCACGUUACAGAUCCUCCCAGACAGGGGCUAACGAUAGUUUUUUGUUCAAGAUCACAAAACUAUCGCGACGCCAGACAUUGGAGCUCAAUUCCGUUCUAUUAGUCAACGUGAAGGAAACGGGCUCUUUGACCUUCCUGUCAAGGGGAAGUAUGUUCCGCACCGCGCGUGCGUUCCGGAGUUCACCAGCCAACUUUCCUGCGAGCGAGCUGCUCGUUCCGCUCAUUGCGCAAUUGACGGAUACCAUGGAGACAGAGAUGUUGCCUCCAUCUCUCAUGUAUUUUGCUAUCUAUUGCAUCUUCAUCGCCUUAUUGGUGUAUCUUGUAUAUCUUGGUAUUGUGAAGUCGGUGUCACUAGUCAUGUAACGCCUUAUGUAAAGUGUUUGAUAAUCGAUAACAACGCCACAUGCGUUCAGCGCUCAACGCUCA